CGGUCAUCGCUCAUCGCUCAGCGCUCUCAUUAGGACAUAUUGCUCAAACGGCUGUACUUACUUACAGCGGUGGUUGGCAACAACCAUGUCGUUCCUGAGGCCGCGGUUCGCCCUGCUUGUGAUCCCGCUGGCUGCCGCACUGUACUUUCUCUACGGACAGGUUUUCAUCGCACAUGCCGGCUUUCACGUUCUUGAGGCUCUUUUGAACCUGGGGCACAAAACAGGCUCUCCUGGAGCUGACAUUCACGAUGCACCUGCCACGUUCACGCGUCGAAUUGUUGCAGUGGGAGAUCUGCAUGGUGACAUCGGAAACGCGCAGAAAGUGCUCAACAUGGCCGGCGUUGUCGAUCAGCAUGGAAAUUGGAGCGGAGACAUUGAUUUCUUUGUCCAAACGGGAGAUAUAAUCGACAGGGGUGACGAUACCAUUAAACUAUACUUUUGGAUGGACCGCCUGCGGGAUCAGGCCCGUGCAGCGGGAGGCGAGGUGCUCUCCAUGCUGGGAAAUCACGAAUACAUGAACCUUAUGAGUGACUGGCGAUACGUAUACCCAAGUGAAAUAGCUACCUUCGGGUCUUGGCAAGCGCGGCAGAAGAUGCUCGCAACUGGACGGAUCGGUAAAUCCUGGGCGGCGAACUACACCACCGCCUCUCGCCUCCCUUUACACCCCUCCCUUGGCCCGCCCAACACCGACUACCCUCCACCUCCCUCUUCCCCCCUCCUCUCCGAGCAUCCACUGUCUCACGCUGCUCUCUCCUUUGUUCAUGGCGGCCUGGCCCCCGCCUACCCGGACCUUACACCGUUUCCCUCGCGCAUCAAUACCAUUGCAUCGUCUCUCCUCCAUAAGCUGCAGCGUCAGAGUUCCAUCCCGCCUCCCCACCCGCCGCACCCAUAUCCUGGACUGCCCGCCGGAGCGACGACGGAGGAGCACAGGUUGUAUGGCUCGGACGGACCUCUGUGGUAUCGAGGUUGGGCGAUGGACCCUGAGGAGACGGUCUGUGCGGCUGUAGAUGACGUUCUGGAGAAGACGGGAACGAGGAGGAUGCUCAUGGGGCAUACCCCGAACUUUGAGAAAAUCGUUUCCAGGUGCAAUGGGAAGAUUAUAAUCAUUGAUACCGGUAUUUCGCAUGCCUACGGCGGCGCACUCUCAGCGCUCUCGAUCACCUACACCUUGACACCGAUCCCGGAUUCGGGCGGUGAGGGUGACACGAGAGAUGGUCUGGGCUCUCAGUCUGUCCUGGAAAUUCGCACGACCGCGCAAGCGAAGGUGAAGAGGUGGAAGGAACGCGAAAUUGUGGUGGCACUAUACGCCGACCGACAAGAGGUACUCGCCGUGGAUGAGAGGAUGGUCGAUGACUGGACGAUGUACGAUACAUGGUGAUAAUCUUGUUCUCGUCAGGCCUACUAGGGUCACAGAUGUAGAGCAUGCGAGCUGUUAUGUACAUAUGCAUGUAAU